GUCGUGCAGGGAAAGCUUCCAAAGGAGGCACCAUCCCCACAAGGAACUUGCAUCCCUGUUAAGUUGACUUUAACCAAAAAAAUGGGAAAAAUACACAUGAAGGGGGAUUUUCUUCUGCUUUUGCUGCAGGCAGUUUUUAACCUGUUUCCUAAGGAAAUGAGGCUCUGUGGUGAUAUUGUGCAUAUGUGUCCGUACGCCUGUGUUCCUCUUUUGGUAACUUUUGAGCCUGCUGCUUAAUCUGAUACAAGGGCCAGGAUAUUAGUAACACAGUGGUCUUACAGGUUGAUUGGAAAUAACCUACCAAGGGGAAAAAAGAAUCCUACAUAAUGCUCUCACUGAGCAGACAAGUAAUAAAUUUACCCAUUUAUUAGACGGAGAUUACACAUGGAUGAGAACAAUGUUCAAAACAAAGAUGUUUCUUCCGCCACUUAGAAAACUGAGAUAGUUAAAUUCCUGGUACAAUAAAUGCCUUUUCUGGAGGUGUAAAAGGGGAGGGGGGCGGUCAUGAGCUCAAAGCAAGCCAAAAUCAGGCCUUGGCUGACACAGAAGUGUGGAUGGCAGGAAAGCAUGGAAAGCACGAGUUUAGCCAUCCACAAAAGCCAAUUCCCCCCUCUGGUUAGCCAAGCUUCCCAGCAGCAGGGGCUGGAAGCAUCUCAGACCUGCCAGGGUACAGGCUGUUCCUGGCAUCACUUCCAGCUCCUGCCUCCUCCAACCUGGGGGCCAGCGAAGGCCUUUGGAAAGGCUACAGGUACAAAUUGCCUGCUGUUGCCUAAUUUACAAGGCUAGGUGAAGCCAAAGAGGCUUCCUGGGACACCAAGGCUAGCACAUUAGCAGCGAGGAUGAGCUGUUCCGACUUGUCACAGCUACCUGCUUGAACAUUGUUCCUUAUUCAAAGGGUUUCAGGCAAGGACACGGCAAGGGCAGGACACCUCUGUGCAAAAAGGAGGAAUAGAGCUCCUGGCUGGGCUGUGAUUCAUGCUCUUAUCUGGGAGCAGCUUUCUGGACACAUAUGUUUGCUUUAGGAUAAGCUCAGAGAUAGUCCUUUGCUAUUUGCUGUUAUUCCAAGCCUGACAGCUUGUCAGCACUUUUAAAUGCUCUCUGGUCCCUGCUGUUCAAAAAUGAAAGCCUUGUGGCCCCGGAUUUCACGUUUGGAGGAUGGAGCAACCCCAACGAGCCAAACACGUAAGCAAUGCAAAUGAGGCCUCUUUUGCAAAGGCUGCCGGCUGCUCUGCACCGGGAGGGGAAUCGCAGGCAGGCUCAUUCAGCCAGCGCUCGCACACAAUGCCAGCCUACGUAACGAGCCUGGAAAAAAAAUAUAUCAGUCGCAUGCACUUGCUGGAAGUGGGAGGAAACACAUACACACACACCCAGCCCCUCUCUGCUGCUCAGAGAUUGCAACGUGCAACAGGCUUCCCCGCAGGCAGCCUCCUCCCGGCUCCUCGCACACAACUCCUCCGCUAUUUCUGCCAUGCUGCCCAAGACGUCCCCACGCCGGGGAAGGAGCCGUCUGCGUUUGGGCUCUGCCAGCAUGCCGUGAUACAGCCCGGGCAGAAACGAGGCACCAGGGAGGACUUCUAGCAGGCAGAGGAGGCAGCCAGACCUUGGCCAUUUCUGCUCUGACCUUGGAGGGUUUCUGCAAGGCUCCUUGCAGCUAUAGCUUUGCAUCUGCCCAGCUCAGCUCCACCCUCCAGACUUCGAAACCCUAAAGCAGGAAGCGGACAACAAUUUCUGUAAGCUCUGGAGCCCCACAGGAACUCGCCUGUACCAUGGCUGGUGCUGCGUUUCUGUUAACCCUCCACGCUCCAAGUGAGCUGAAGUGACGAUAUCUCAGCCCAGCUCCUGAGGAGCGAUACCUUCUCCUUCCCAGGGAGCAGGGAUCUGGUCCGGUGCAGGACAGGAAGCCCUUCCAAGGAAGGCAUGAGCUCCCACGGAGUCAUGACUGCAGUGUCAGAUCUGAACCUGGGAGUGGGAACAGAUGCAUUGCAGAUGUCAAAAUGGUCGUUCUCCCUUGUGUAGGUGGGAUAGGGUCCACGGAGAUGGGGGACCUCCACCCUUUGAGUGAAGUUGGAUGUGAAGAUGUUGGUUUCCUCAUUCUCCUGUCUUCCAUGCAGCAGUUUUGUCCUGACUUGGGUCCUAAUUUUCCUCUCUGGUUUUCAUAUUCACAAGUUGGAUUCUGCCCAAUUCAGAGUCCUAGGAUCUGAACAUCCCAUCACUGCUGUCGUGGGAGGAGAUGUCGUGUUGCCCUGCCACCUCUCCCCCAGGCUGAAUGCUGAAAACAUGGAGGUGAGAUGGUUCCGGUCUCGAUUUUCUGUCUACGUGCACCUCUAUCACAGCAGACAGGACCACUACUCAUCCCAGAUGCCUGAAUACCAUGAGAGGACAGAGUUUUUGAAAGAGGGCAUCUCUGUUGGAAAUGUUUCCUUGCGGAUCCUCAGAAUCAGGCUGACCGAUGAGGGACAGUAUCAGUGCCUCAUUAAAGAUGGAAAUUUUUAUGAAGAAGCCACACUGGAGCUGAAGGUAGCAGUUUCAGGUUCCAGUCCCCUUCUGUCUGUGGAGGAUUACCAAGAUGGAGGCAUCCGAGUGGGAUGUCGAGCAAUUGGCUGGUACCCAAAACCCGAGAUGCUGUGGAGAGAUUUCCAGGGGCAGCAGUUCCCUUCACUUACUGAAUCGGACUCCCAAGACAAGAACGGCUACUUUGAAGUAGAGAAGUCUAUCAUUAUCCAAAAAAACAUGAAGCAAAACAUGUCCUGCUCUAUCAGGAACACGCAACUCAACCAGGAGAAAGAGUCAACCAUUUACAUAUCAGAUCCAAUUUUCCCAAAGGUCUCUCCCUGGACGGUAACUUUGGCUGCUACCCUGGCUGUCUGCUUAGCUUUGUUCAUUGCCCUGUUCGUUUUCAUUCUCCGACUUCAAGCCAGGCAUGCUGCUGAACUCGAGAGACGUGAUGCAGAAAUUAAGAAACAUACCGCAGAACUUCGGUGGAGAAACACCAUCGUCCCAGUGGAAGAAGUGCACGUCACUCUGGACGCGGACACGGCUCAUCCCCAGCUCAUCCUCUCCGCAGAUGGGAAGCACGUGAGGCGGGGAGACACACGGCAGGCCAUGCCUGACAACCCCGAGAGAUUUGAUACCUACCACUGCGUCCUCGGCCAGGAGGGAUUCACCUCAGGGAGAUAUUUCUGGGAGGUGGAUGUGGGGACUGCAGAAGGGGGGGUCUGGGCAAUGGGGGUGGCCAGGGAGUCCAUGAAGAGGAAGGGAUGGAUUAACCCAGCCCCUCAGGAUGGGAUCUUGGCCAUUUUCCAGUGCGGGGGCCAGUACUGGGCUCUAACUUCCCCUGACCAUAAACCUCUCAACCUCACCCAAAUUCCCCAGAGGAUUAGAGUUUACCUGGACUUUAAAGAGGAGAAGGUGGCCUUUUUUAACACUGACAACAAAGACCUGCUCUUCACUUUCCCACUGGCCCCGCUGAGCGGGGAAAGGAUUCGUCCCUGGUUCCGCGUGGGGCCAAUCGCCCAGCUCAGCCUGAUGCCAGCUCCGCUGCUCCCACAUGCCCCCAGCACAGAGGAACUUCUGCUCCCUUCAGACUUCCCUCUGCAGAGCCUCUCCAAGGUGCCCAGCGGGUGCCUGACCCCGUGCACACCAGGGAGCAGGAAGUGACAAACAAGGCAAAAAUCUGUGCUGCCUAUAAGCAUGCACCCAAGGCUGCUCCAGCCACCUUCAUCAUCCACAAGUGUCUCCACCUGAGCUGAGCUACCUGGGACAGUCUGCAACAAGAAGGAGCAGUGGCCAAGACAAUUUUCAUGCUCCCAAGGUGAUAUCUCCAAGCAAACUGCUUACCCCUAGAAGGUCUUGUUGCAACCUUUGGCCAUCCUACCUGACACAUGGAAGGAAAACCCCUCUGUGCCAAUGGCAAGACCGGGAAGGAGGAGCUGUGCAUCUUUUCUUUUUCACUUUAAUUCCAUUCCCUAAGUCUGGUGAAACUCAGCCUGUGAAGUGGAGUUGCAAGGGCCAAUGUUGUCUGUUGUGUGGGUCCACGCAAGGAGCCAUUUCAGUAGUGGGGAGAUGGGCAGUGCUCAUCUUCUGAUGUCUAAUAUUGCUUUCCAAGUGUUGUGAUGUGCUCACAUGUGUUUUAAAGAGAUACUAUUUAUAUUAAAAAUG